AUGACGGCAUUGACACUGCUGCCUCUGGUCUUGCUUGCGCUUUCGGCCGCGGUUGCCGACGCUUUUGAUGGGUCGGAGAUGCUCGGGUACUUCAAGCGGAAGGGGUCGCAAGCUGCGCAACCACACACAGAACAGCCGGCAAGUACGGUGGCAGAAUCAACGCCACUGGGACCAGCAAGAGCCCUCGACCUCGCACAGUUGGACGAAACGACGAGCACCGUGUCGGCGGACGCAAUCACGAGCCAGCUCGUUUUUUAGUACGUUUUUUUUCGCGAACUCGUUUUUGAAUGCUAUAGCGGUAGGCAGUUUGGUUGAAGAGACUCGCUGAGCAGCUGUUUCCUCUGUGCCGCAUUCGGAACGACCGAACCAAACCACGAUCCAACAGCUACUCCCUUGGCGGUUUGCUCAGCAGCGUGGGGUUUUUGUUUCUGUUCCAGAUUGCGACGCUGAUAAGAACCCGUUUUCCGAACUCGUGCUGCGGGGUGAUGUCGGCGCGGGGACCAAACCGGUAUAAUGUGCUCCACGGGAUGCACGCGGCGCAAUACAAACAUGACAAUCUCCUUGCGAACAUAACCGCCGAGGACCUGCAGACCUGGAGUCAGUGCCGACUGUGAGAAAACAUGGCACUCGCCACUCGGGGAAGAAAUUGCUUUUGUGCGGAUGCAACCUAAUUCGAUGUAUCGCUUCUGCAGAUGAAGUAGUCAGCGUUUUCUGAACUUCGCGUCAACGAUGAACUUGUUGGAUGAUCCCAUGAUAGCGCUACUGUCGCUGUUCCGCGAUGAGCGUUUGUUUUGGAAAAGGCUGCGUGAGUGCGAAAU